AUGGCGAAACGAAUGUUAAGGGAUGCAGCGCAGCGGUGCGCGAUGAGCGUCGAUGGAUUAAGAUUCCGUACCAGGAUCGAGUACUGGAAGCACAGCCAAGGCCAGCUCUACGAAGCCGAAGCCGAUGCCACCACCCCGCCGACACAGGAUGCCAAGAUGGGGUCACGGGGCGCGCGGCAGAAACGGUGGAACGGCACAGAUGGGAAUCGCAUGCGAGUGUCGUCGUACGGGUCGCGCAGAAGUAGUCAAUACGGGCGCGCGCUGGUGGGAUUGAUGGUCGCGGGAACGGGGAGAUCUGGGAUCUGA